UUUCUGACUCCCAAAAUUUUCUCGGGAAACGGGGGGCGCACUCGCGGACGGGGAAGGAAGGAGGAAGGAGGAAGCGAUGGCGGUUCGAGCCACCGUGUCGAGGUUCCCGAUCGAUCCGGACGCGCAGGAGGGCUCCGGCCUGCCGUGGGGGAUCACGGUCGCCCCCUUCGCCCCCACGGACGAGAACGGCAACCCGCCGGCGUACGGAUCGGGCGGCCACCUGAUCCCCCGGUGCGAGAACUGCUGGGCGUACUUCAACGCCUACUGCGAGCUCGACCAGUGGGCGUGGAACUGCUCCCUCUGCGGCACCCUCAACGGCCUCUCCUCCGAGUGCAUCGACAAGUACUCGCGCCCGCAGUCCUGCCCCGAGAUGUCGUCCUCGUUCAUAGAUCUCGAGCUCCCCGCGGAAGGAUCGGAGGAGCCCGUGGAAGCUCGGCCCGUCUACGUCGCUGCUGUUGAUUUGUCGUCUUCAGAAGAAUUUUUGGAACUCACAAAGAGCGCACUACUAGCAGCUCUAGAAGCUCUUGGGCCUGGUUCGUUGUUUGGGCUUGCUACCUUCAGCCAUAAGAUUGGAUUGUAUGAUGUCCAAGGGCCUGUACCAGUUGUGAAAAAUGUUUUCAUUCCUCCUGAUUCUGAAGACAGACUCUCGUUGGAGCUUGAAGAUGUCAUGCCUUUACUACAGUUUCUAGCACCUGUGGAAACCUGUAAGGAUCGUAUUGCAUCUGCUCUUGAAACACUUAGACCAACUACUUCAUGGGAAAGGAGUACAGCAGCCGGUCAAGGACUUGAUGGUGUUUUGAUGGGUGGAAGAGGAUUUGGGGUGGCAAUGGAAUCUCUUUUCAACUACCUUGGAUCAGAAUAUGGAAGUACCUUUGCCUUAGCGAGGGUCUUUGCCUUUCUAUCUGGUCCUCCUGAUUAUGGAGCUGGGCAGCUGGAUACAAGGCGGUAUGGGGAGCAAUACGCCAGCAGAGGAGAGGAUGCUGAUCGGGCUUUAUUACCUGAGCAGACCCCAUUUUAUAAGGAACUGGCAGCUGUCGCUGUUCAAGCAGGUGUUUCUGUCGACAUAUUCGCUGUGACCAACGAAUAUACAGAUCUGGCAUCCCUAAAGUUUCUUAGUAUUGACAGUGGAGGCUCAUUGUUCUUGUAUACAAGUACAGACGAUUCAACUCUUCCUCAGGACAUGUACCGGAUGUUGAGCAGGCCAUAUGCUUUUGGUUGUAUAAUGCGAUUGAGAACAUCUUCAGAAUUUAAACAAGGCCACUCAUAUGGUCAUUUCUCUCCGGAUCCGCAAUAUGAAAACGUGCAGCGCAUAAUAUGUUGUGAUUCCUAUGCCACAUUUGCCUAUGACUUUGAAUUUGCAAAUACUGUUGGCUUUUCCAGACACACAUCAGAGCCUCCCGUCUUACAGAUUGCUUUUCGUUACACUGUCGUAAUACCACCACAGGAGCUCACAGAUUCAUCAAACGGUUCAGGUAAUAGGUCCAGUUACUCCCUCAAACGUCGCCUGAGAAUACGAACUUUGCAAUACACUGCUGCCCAUAAUAUGAAUGAAGUCUAUGACAGUGUUGAUCCUGAAGUGGUUUUAUCUUUACUUGUUCACAAGGUUAUAUCAGCAUCUUUGGAGCAAGGAGUUCGGGAGGGAAGGAUGCUGCUUCAUGAUUGGCUCGUAAUCCUUACUGCUCAGUAUAAUGAUGCUUACAAGCUCAUUGAGCCCAAGAAUGAGAGUCCGCUAAACGCUCAGGUUGACGUUGCAUUCUCACAAUGCCCCCAAUUGCAAAUGUUACCGCAUCUUGUUUUUGCUCUACUUCGGAAUCCUCUUCUCCGCUUCCACGAGGAAGGUGUCCACCCAGACUACCGGAUUUAUUUGCAAUGCCUUUUCAGUGCACUGGAGCCAAGUUCCCUUCACCGUGCUGUCUAUCCUAGGCUAACAUCCUAUUCUACGCCUGACAAGCAAGCAUAUCCACGCCACUCAUUGAGUCGUGCGGCCCUAAUUACCAGCGGCAGUCCAAUAUUUUUCCUCGAUGCAUUUACAACACUUAUUGUGUUCUAUUCUUCAACGGCAGACCCUUCACUUCCUUUUCCUCCACCGCAUGAUUGCUUAUUACGGACUACAAUCAACAGAUUGAAGCAAGACAGAAGCAUAACUCCCAAACUCCUCUUUAUAAGGGGAGGGCAGGAAGAUGCGUCAGCCUUCGAGAACUAUCUCAUUGAGGAGCAGGAUGUUGAUGGAAGUGGCCUCACUAGCAACAUGGGGUUUGUUUCCUUCCUCGAGGACAUCACUCAGGGCGUGCUAGAGUACCUGAAGUAAAAAAGAAAAAAAAAUGAAGCAGCCAAUGGACCUCCAGAGCUUUGCAACCGGAGAAUGUCAAUGCGUUAACUUUUUCUCUUAACGAGCGGCUAUAGAUUGGACAGCAAACGAGAGCUCAAACUUCUGGCUAAAGGGGCUUCGAGAUGUUUAUGCAGAUCAAUGUCGAGAGAGCCGAUUCAUCACAUUGCUUGUGCUUUGCCCGUUUCUUUUUAGACAGUGCUCUUUGUGCAGUAACACAAAGUAGGAGAGCGGAAACGCAGUUUGGGGAUAUAGCUGCUUUUUUUCUUCAACAAGAAGGGAAUUUUUUUUAGGUCUUGUCAUCCAUUUGAGUUAAAAAGGAUUUGAGGACGCUUGUACCACCUGUGAGUUCUCAUUUAUUUGAACUAAGUUAAAGGUGAUAUCAACAGGGAUGCAAUAAAGUUAGAAUUGAUCAAUC